UAAUAAGUGCAGAGAACAGGAAAUAAUCUGAGUCAGCCAACCACUGUCUCUGAGCAGAUUAUCCUGAAGGUAUGUCAAGAACCAGAUGCUUCAGUGUCACUUCUGUGAUCUCAGCAAUGGGAACCUUGUGCACCCCACUAUUCCAGUUGGUGCUCUCAGAUCUACUGUGUGAAGAAAAUGAAAUGUGUAUAAAUUACAACGAUGAGCGUCCUAAUAUGUGGUACAUCUGGUUUCUACUGCUGAUUUUCUUGGUGGCUCUUCUCUGUGGGGUGGUCCUCUUUUGUUUCCAGUGCUGGCUGAAGGGACCUACCAUUCACUCCCGGAGACGCACCAGGGCAGUUUUCGCUAUUGGAGAUUUGGACCCCAUUUAUGGGACAGAAGCAGCUGUGAGGCCAACUGUUGGAGCUCACCUUCACACUCAGAACCAUGACCUGUACCCUGUUCCCUGUUUUGGUACAUUGGAUUCUCCACCUCCCUAUGAAGAAAUUACAAAAACAAGCCAGCUAUAGAUGGGGAUCAUCAACUGAGAGUAUUAAGAAUAUUUAUAGUUCAAAAAUAUCUAAGUUAGACUGGAAUAUAGCUCAGAGGCAAAGCACUUAACUAACAAGUGCCAUGUCCAGGGUUUGAUCCCCCAUACCAAAAAGAAAAGACAAAAACAAACAAAUAGAUACACACAGUUAAAAAUAAAGUUUAGCAACAAUUCUUUCAAAGUGGUGUCUGAUAAUUCACAUUUAAUCCAGAUCAUCUUUAGCUGAGUGGCUCCUGGAGAACUAUGACUUUCAUGUAAAGGACAAGGGAAACAAACAAUGAAUGCAGAAAAAUCAUUUUAUAAUGACAGUGUCUGAAUCAUGAAUUAGUAGACUUGACCUAUCACUUCCAUGCUACACAUACAACCAAGUUAAUACUUUUUCAUUAGUACUCAUAUAGGAACUAAACAGUGUUAUGAAUAUUUUCCACAAUAUUACACAAUUUUUUUCUGCCCCAGUGUCUAUCUACCUAGCUAUCUACCUACCCCCCAAUAGACAGACAGGCAGACAGACAGACAGGCAGACAGGCAGGC